GGUAACAUUACCAAGCGCACCCAGCAUCGCCAUUCAUGUCCGGGAGCGGAGAAAACGCGUGUUGUUGACGGAAGUUCCUGCGAGAGAGGUGGCCGCCAUGGUGCGUGUGAAGUCGAGGUAUCUGUUGUGCGAGGUGAACGUGUCCGAGAGCAGUGAGUUGUUGUCCCUGGACGACCGCGCCGUCACGGCGGCGGUGAAGGCGGCCGUGGCUCGGCUGCACGGGGACUACGGAGCGGCGCUCUGCAGCAUCAGAGUGCACGUGAAAUAUCUGAACGCUCAUACUGGAAUCGUGCUGCUACGUUUUCCCAAAAGGAGUUACAAACUCCUCUGGUCUGCUCUGCCAUUCAUUACCAGCAUUGAGAACCGUGGCAAAAGAAUUUCGUGUUUUCUGAAUUGUUUGCAUGUGGGAGGGACAAUCAGAACAUGUCAGAAGUUUUUAAUCCGAUAUAACACCCAGCAGCUCCAUCGACUACUCCCUAAAUGUAAAAAUGAAGAUGAACGACAGCAGGUCCGCUCAGAAAUCCUGAAGUGCUCUCUAUCAGGUCAGACCAAGGAGCUAUUUGAGGAUGAUUCAGAUGAGGAAGAUGAUGAGGAAGAGUGAUCUCGCAUCAAAUUCUGCCUGGAUGCUUGGUUGAGCUUAUUUUGGUAAUGUUACUGUUUUGAAAAGCAAUAUAAAGUCUUAAGUGUGACUUAUUUAUUAUUCAGUUGUAGUACACCACACGUAGAUUACUAUUUUGAAGGAUUAUGAGUGAGUGGGGUGGAUCUGACUGAGACAUUAGAGAUGUAUUCAACAAGAGCGAGGCUAUAUAUAUAUAUAUACACAUUAUAUUUAUAUAUAUAUAUAUAAUUAUUAUUUUUUUUUUAUUAUACCAACAACUUUACAAACAAGACAUGAAACCAGGCAUCUUAGUAUAAAUCAGUAGACUCUCAUACUGUAUGAGAGUCUGUUUCUAGCGUGUGUAGUCUGACCACACAGCUGUGAGCUCAUGUAAACUAACUUUGUCAGGUAUUUUUACAUUUAAAUGCAGCCUAAAAGAUAAAAACCACACAGUUAUUACUUUACUACUUAUGAAUGCCAUAGUUUGUAAAGCUGUAAGAGUUUAAGCACUCAGCUGAAAAGAACUGAUUUCAUGGUGGAAAUAUGUACAGCUUGUGAAUGGUCAAAAUCUUCAUGGUGCAUUCAGCACAGAUUGUAAACUACCAAAUGUAUAUUUUCUAAUAGCUAUGAUUGCUGUUGAAAACAGUUCCAUGUAUUUCAUUGUUUCCUUUCAAAUAAAUACAUCUGU